AGGAGGAACGAGCCAUGAAGGACACUUGAUAAAAAAAAAAAAGGCCACAACAAAGAACGUCAGACGGGGAAGAUGGAGUUCCAUGAUCACGAUUACAUCAGCACCACUUCUCCCAGUGGCGCCCACGUGGACUUUAUAUAUAAAAUGAGUCCACAAGAAGUUGAAGAGUUUGUGAAGCUGAGGGUUUGUAACUCCUCCCUCUUCUCUGGAAAAAGAAACACGUCCAGGCUGGCAUGGAAGGCCAUUCUCAAGCAUAUGGGUUUACAACACAAGAUGACCUUUAGUCAAGCAUCUAAAAAAUGGGAGAACAUGAAGAAGAAGUACAAGGCCCUGAAGAACCCCGCAGAUGGGAUGAAAGUGUUCCCUGAAAUGUGGGCUCACUUUCACCUGAUGGACGACGCCAUAGAGGGUCGGCUGGAAGGCAGCGCCCCAACACUUAAGGUUUUCUCCGGUGAUAAAGACAAUUGUGAUUUCUUACCCAUCUCCAAGCCCAAGAAGAGGAGGAGGGUAUCCAUGGGGAUAUCGCCCCCUAUGACCUUGGUAGCAGACAGGCCCGAGAUUGAGGUUUCACUGAAUGGAGAUGAUGAGGAAGAGGAGGAGGAGGAAGAAGGAAGCCUGGACGUGAAUCUCAUCAUGCAGGAGGUGGACAAUGAGAGGAACGUGAUGGACACCGAAAGACAGGUGAUGGACAAGGAGAUACGGCUGAUGGAAAGGGAGCGGCUGGUACUGCAGAGGGAGAGGGCGGUGCUGGAUCGGGAGGUCGCCACUCUGGAGCGAGACCGGGCCACGCUGGAGAGAGAGAGGGUGACGAUAGAGCGAGAGAAGGUGGUGCUGGAGAGGGAGAAGGCGAUGGUGGAGAAGGACAAAGAUGCUGUGUGCAGGGAGCGGCUGGCUCUGCAGCGGGAGAGAGCCAGGCUGGAGAGACUCUUUGCACCAAGAGAAACCACAGAGGAGGCUACGGGAAACAGCAGUGAGGUGAAAGACUCUCAUGCUGUGGACAUGGACAGGAAGGAGCGGUUUCUUUAUUUGUUUGAAAAACUUAUUGAAAGUUUUUGACUGAAAAAAUCUGUUUUUUUCAACAUUUCUGAGGUUUUUCCACUUUAGCUGCUCUCAGAUCUGCUCUGAACAUUCUCCACAGGGGCUGCAUGUGUGAGCGCAAAUGUCCGAGCGAGGGCCUCCAGACUUUCUGCUGACUUUUUCUGGCCUGUGCCCUAGCAUAAAGUCGGCAGAAAGUUCGGAGGAGCCUCUGUGAGAACACCGCAGGAGGAUGGUGGGGGGCAUUGAUGACUUUUUCAACACAUCACAGAUGCAACAAUUUAAUAAAAAAACCAAUGUGCUGUAAAAAACAUGCAGAGUUCCGUUCCGUUCCUGAAAGUCUGGACCCAAACGUCUGCACAUCGUCCAGAGGUCAUGUAUGAAAAUGGCUGUUUCUUUAAAAUCCUCACUUUUUCUUAAACCUGCAACUUCUCAAUGAAAACGUUGAGCCACUCCUGGUUCAGAGAGGUCUUCAAAACAACUUUAUUCACUUGUGGUUAUUCCAUACAGAGCACACAAUAGCAAGCUAUUAGCAUUAUUCUCAACCCCAUCCACAAUCAAAAUCAACACCCCCCCUCCCAAAUCAGACAAUAGUCUUUAGUUGUUUGACUCUAGACAUUAGAGCCGUUGGUAGAAGCUAUUGUGCAUGGUUGAAACAUCAUUUUUUGAAAUGUAAUAUACCAAAUAUUGCAGUUCAUGUAAAAAAUCGUGUUUUUUUCAGAAUAUAUAUUUUUAUAUUACAGUACAGACUUUACAACAAAUGAUGAUUUAUUUAAAUGCUUCUUUUAUUGCAUUAGAUAUUCAAUUCACCUUUCGUUAAGCUCCAGCUUCAAUAAGUUUAUGCUAGUAUACAUUUCCAAAAGUGUUCAAUUUGUUAUUAAUAUUAAUAUAAUUUUUAUU